AUGACGAAGUCGAUGACGCGCGGCAGCAGCAAAAAGGGGCGCCUGUCGGGGCCAAAGGUGCGGCCCGAGGAGGACCAGAUAUUCAGGGGCCUGUCCUUCUUUUACGUCCCGGACAAUGACAUUGCGCCGGUCAGGCGGCUGCGCAUCAACAGGGCGAGAGAAUUCGGGGCUGUCUGGACGAGGGACCUGACGGCGGCCACGCAUGUCGUGGUGGAGAAGAAGCUCGAGUGGAAGGACGUGGAGAGGAUGCUGCUGCUGCUGCCCAGGGAGAAGUUUGAGGGCAGGGAGAUGCCGAGGGUGGUGAAUGAGGACUAUCCGCUGGAUUGUAUCCAGUUUCGGGCUAUUGUCGAUGCUGGGCAGCGCAAGUAUUUGCUGAAUGGGCAGCCGGCUGUGGGAGCGAAGGAGAGUGAGCCUACGACUCCUCAUGCUGCGGAUGUGAUAGUUGAGGAGACGACCAAGACGAAGGCGAGGGCGAGUUCGUUGCCGCUGAAGCCGGCGCCUCGUAACAAGGCGAAGUGGGAUCAUGUUCCGCCAAAGGGGACGCCUUCUCAGACGGAGGAGUCGUCAUUGAGCGGUCCUAGGACGAGGAAUGGGACUGCGGGAGUGGUGGCGAUGGAAUCCCAGGCUGUUGUGAAAGAUGAGUUGUCCGAGUACAUCUCGAUGAUGCAAGAGUACAAGGAUCUACCCCUGGAUGUCGACGAGGAGGAGGAUGCUCAGCCUACGGCAAAUGAAACAGAAGCCCCGGUGGAUCUCAAUCACCAGGCUGAAUCAGGGGACGAUUCACCGCGGCAGAGGAGGUCGUCUCGGCGGACUCGACCGACGAGCAAAACGAUAGCGUUCGAGGACCGCUUCGCUUGCAACAGAGCCGGCAGAAAGGACGCCAACCAAGACAACCCAAACGCACGCACCAUCGAAGUUUUGCAAAAGAUGAACAGCUACUAUGAGAGAAUCAACGACCACUGGCGAACAAUGGCCUAUCGCAAAGCCAUCACUAUAUUGAAGCAGCAAACUGUCAAGAUCACCACCGAAGAGGAAGCCUACCGGCUCCCCAGCAUCGGCCGCCGGCUGGCGCAAAAGAUUGAAGAGAUUGUCACGACAGACAAGCUGAAGCGGCUCGAAUACGCAGAAAAAGAGCCUUCCGAUCACGCGCUGCAGACCUUUCUGGGCAUCUACGGCGUGGGGAACAAGGUUGCCGAGCAGUGGAUCGCGCAGGGCUGGCGGACGCUCGACGACGUGAGGACGCACGCCAAGUUGACGCCCAGCCAGAGGAUUGGCGUGGAUCAUUACGAGGAGUUGAAUACGCGGAUACCGCGGAGCGAGGUGACUGCGCUGGGCGAGGUUGUCAGGAAGGCUGCGGGACGGAUCGAUGCGAGGGUGCAGGUGAUUGUUGGGGGCAGUUAUCGGCGAGGGGCAGAGAGCUCGAAUGAUAUCGAUCUGAUCGUGACGCGGCCGGGGACGGAGUCCGUGGCAGAUCUGAAGCCGUUUCUGAACAAGUUGGUCGAUCGGCUGGAGAGGGAUGGGUUCCUGGUGGCUCGACUGGCGUCGUCGCGGGCUGGCGGCGAUGGAAGCAAGUGGCACGGCUGCUGCGUGCUACCAGAGACACCCAAUGUCAAUAGUGGUCAAGGCAAAAGCGAUGCUGACUACUACUGCCGUCCGAUAUGGAGGAGAAUCGACUUCCUGCUCGUCCCAGAGGCAGAGCUCGGCGCGGCGCUGAUUUACUUUACGGGCAACGACAUCUUCAACCGCAGCAUGCGGCUGCUGGCGUCGAAGAAGGGGAUGCGGCUGAACCAGCGGGGGCUGUACAGGGACGUGCUGAGGGGCGCGGGGCCUUUGCGGGCCAAGGUGACGGAGGGGGAGGUUGUGGAGAGGAGGGAUGAGAGGAGGAUAUUUGAGAUUUUGGGGGUCAAGUGGCGGGAGCCGUGGGAGAGGUGGUGUUGA